AUGCGUUUUCAAGCUGUCGCACCACUAUUCCUUCUCAUGGUUCUUGCUCAUGGCAAAUUACCAAUCAUGGAAGGCGGUAAUGAAGUGUUCUGUAAAGAAGGUGAUUGUUUCUUAUCGCCCCUAACGACUCUGGCACUAGAAGUGAGGGUAGAGUAUGAUGUUCCCUCAUUCAGUGUCACAACCUACGUACCAAUUUCACUUGAUAGUGAAUCACUAUCACGCCGCGCACCGCAACGUAAGGUGCAAACCUCUACCUUUGUACUUUAGGCUCUGAUGACUAUUUGUAGCUCCAAUCUCUUUCGAGGACAUUACUCCAAGAAGUAUCACUAUGAUCGUUACCGACCAUUUUUUCGAAUAUGAUGGAACACCUGUUGCAAACAACGAUCGAAGAGUUCUAAAUGUGCUGGAGCGCCAUGUUGCAUCGCCCGACGAGAACCUUGGGUCGUUCAUGCAGCAAGCCUUGUAUUGCGUUCUGGACACGACUGACACACUUGAAGGAAGAAAAUCUGGUAUAGAAAGACGAACUGCAUUUGGCGAGCCGAUGUGCCAGCCUAACUUUCGAGGUGCGCCCUUGGUGCUUAAUCCCAAGGACACGUCUCUUGACGGGAUUGUGUGCCAGAUUAUUGUGGGCGGUGGGUGCGUUGAUGGGUUCCCAGUGGAGUUAAAAGAGUGA